CGCCAUAUCGUUCUAAACAAUACGUCGUAUUUCCGCGCUGAUUUUUCCAGAAAUAAACAACUUUUGUUUGAAAUAAGUCCUGAAAUCAAUGAAAUUUUCAUCUCGCAUCAGGAAUUACAUUUCAGUCUGGAAAAAUUGAUGAUUUCUACGUGAAGAGAGAUAUUGAAAAAUUCGAUUUGGAAACAAUAGACAAUGGCUUCAAAUCAAACAGAAGAUACAGAAGCGGCAGAUCCUGGAGAUUUUGUGGAUGUAACAAUGAAGGAAGGCGAAGAACUUCGAUUGGAAGAUGAUGAGGCUGAGAAUACGGAAGAUAAUAUCGAAAACAACGCUGAAGAAAAUACCGAGAGCAGUGCAGUGAAAAAUGUCGCAAAGAAGAGAAAAAGACAGACUAAAGUAAGGCCAAAGAAGUCGAAGACAUCCGAGGAAUCUGAUUACGACCCAACGAAGCUGGAGGACUGCCCUGAUCAAGUUUUGGAUCGUUUCCAACGAGGAUGUGAAUGUCACGACGAAAACUGUUUCAAAGGACUCAGUCCUGAGUCAGUUUAUCGCCACAGACUAAACAUUGCGGAUCUAACGAAGGCAGAACAUGACAUGUACUUGAUGGGCGUGACAAUGGCCUGUCUCACAAAUCCCUACGAAACAGCCAGACACACCGAGAGAAGAAGACUGAGAGCUCACUACGUUUAUCAAGGACGAAGAGUUUGCUUGGAUGCGUUCCUCUAUCUAGAAAAUUGCACCCACUACCAAGUCAAAAGAAUCCGGAAACACGUAAUGACUCACGGAGUAACGCCGAGGGUUCAUGGAAAUUAUGGAAAAGUCCCUCACAAUACUUUUUCCCUGGACAUUUACAAAAGCGCCACUGAAUUUUUAAAAGACUUUAUCAAGAAACAAGAGCAUACGCAAAAAACUAAAGUGGCGAAAAAUGCACCUCUUCAUCUUCCUCCGGACAUGACUCGUAAAGCUGUUCAUGAUUUGUACACCGAGUAUUGUCAAAAUAUUUCGCCCAGUAUCAAAGUCUUAGGUUAUUCCACUUUCAGAGGCUUUAUGAAAGUGCAGUUUCCUCAGAUCAAAUUUGCCAAACAGGAAUUUACACCCAGGACCCAAAAUGUACAAAAUGUAAAAACUGUCAAGAGUGAAAUUGAACAAAGUGAGGUCAAUCAAGUUUCGGAAUGUACGCAAAUUGUUGCAAGAAAUGGCGAUUUGGUGCCAGUUGUUAUUACCGGCGAGGCAGUUAAUCAAAGUAAUACUUAUAUUUUGACGCCACUAACGAAAUUCGAAGAUGGAGUCAACUAUCAUCUGGAUGCUAAUAAUGUUUUAGUGAGCAAGGCCGGGUUUCCUGUAACUCUCACGAAUGUCAAUCCCAUAGUUUAAAAGACGCAAGAGGAUUAUUCAGCUGUAAAAUAUUUUUAGGAGUGAGAAAAAAGACAGGAAUAAUUUUUUUUCUUGUGAAUAGUUGUGUCACGAGACAUUCGAUACUUCUCUCAAUAAGAGGUACGAGAUGAAAACUCAGCGAUUCACGCAUUUUAAACAAAGUAUCGAUUAUUGGGAUUUUAAAUGUUCAGCUACGCUGCGCCACAGAUUAAUCGAAGUUAUUUUUUAUAAUUGGAGGUGAGAUAUUUUGUUUUGUAGAAAAAUGGGAAUUUUCAUCUAAUAUAAAUUGCCAUUCGUACAUUUAUAGAGAUAAUUGUAUUUGCUAGUCUUAUUUUUAUUGAAAGUAGUAUUAUUUUAUAAGAAACUGGAUGUAAA